AUGAGCGAGCGCUUUGCCCAGUUCAAACUUGUUUUACUUGGUGAGUCUGCCGUGGGGAAGUCAUCACUGGUGAACCGAUUCGCAAAAGAUCGAUUCGACGAGUUCCGCCAAUCAACUAUCGGUGCUGCCUUUCUGACCCAGAGCGUCCGCCUGGAACCCGACACUGUUAUCAAGUUUGAGAUUUGGGAUACCGCCGGCCAGGAGAGAUACAAGUCAUUGGCCCCUAUGUACUAUCGUAACGCAAAUUGCGCGGUUGUAGUUUUCGAUCUGACCUCCUCUACAUCGCUAGGCCGCGCAAAAUCCUGGGUAAAGGAGCUCCAACUGCAGGCUAGCGACAACAUUGUCAUUGCCCUGGCUGCGAACAAAGCUGACCUCACUAGCAAGAGACAGGUCGAUCGCGAAGAGGCUGCAGAGUACGCUCGCGAAGCGGGUCUUUUGUAUUUCGAGACUUCAGCCAAGACCGGUGAAAGCGUCAAGGAAAUGUUCAAGGCCAUUGCAGAACGCAUGCCUAUCGAGGACGUCGAACGAGAGCGGGAGCGCGCAGAACGGAGAGCUCUGGACCUCAAUCGGGCUCAGCAGAAUGGUUGUGCUUGUUAA